CUGAAAUUCCUUUAGAUUACUGGUUGAGUCUAGGAAUAAUUCCAUAAGAAAAAUUGUGGAAACUUUUUAUUCUACAUUUGCAACAAAUUUCGGUGAAGAUAGUUUACUACAACAAAGAGUAAUUUUACCCCCAACGCUUGAAGUCGUUGAACCAAUACAUCAAUAUAUGAUUAUAAUGAAUGGUGGACGAUUGUCGCGUCCACCAAGCACGACCACCUCCUCCCGUACCCGUUUUUGGUGAUGGACAUCCUUGAACGGUUCAAGGUAACCACCACCGUUGGCCCGCUCACGAAGGCCACGAAGAUUUGGACAAUCAGCAACCAAACCUUCAUCAAGCGGUCGGACAACGCCGCGGCUGCCACUGCCCAGCCACGCCGCACUGCCACUGCCGCUGGCCCAGCCGAACCCCAGGCCCGGGCCAACCUUGCCUCCAUCGCUGACUCCCUCAACCGGCUCCACCUCAAAGUUGACGGGAUGGGAGGCUACCUUGAACGGCUCGACGUCGCUGUUCAACGCCAAGGGUACGCCAUGAACGCGUACUUCCAAGGCAUCAACUACGUCCCCCCACCGUUCCACGGCACGUUCCUUGGGCAAGUGUACGGUGACGAAGACGAAGCCGAUGACUCCUACGCCCCGUCAAGCUCCCCGGAUGAAGACGAGUUCGACGAUGCCAUCGAUGGGGAUGAGAUGGACGUCGACGAUGACGAGGAGGAAACCGAAGACGAAGACUAGGACUCCCCUAGAAUUUCUAUCUCUUUUACCUUAAUUAUCUUGUUUUUUUAAUGCUUCCGUUGUACUCCACUAUUUCCUUUAAUAAAUAAAAUCAUCUUUUUGUUAAUGUCAAAAGGGGGAAGAAAGGGGCUAUGCAUAU